AUGGCAGGCAUAUGCUUUGGCGCGAACUACUCCAUCCUCCACCUCGAUAUCGUCGACAUACCCUCCAAACCCUGUCUCACAUGCACGAAGCAAUGGUGUAUAAAUCAAAACCUGGCCAUAUGUGCAGGUGCCUCUCUUGGUGACACAGAUCCGGAUACAGCGACUGGUAAAGAGGGAGACGUCGAGGCUCGUUGCUUCCAACGAGAUUCACCACGAGACCAAUUGGUCGUCACUAUCUUUCUCUUGGUUGUGUUUGGGUUGCUAUUGGGUGCUGGGAUUAAAGGGAGGAUGAUCAAGGCCGGAUUGAACGAGACUUCGUUCGGAUGGGAUGCUGGAAGGAAAUGGUGGCAGGUGUGCCUCUCUUCUCUUCUGAUCACAUCUCCUACUGGAACUAAGGGCAUCAUGGGCAGACUUUCAUGCCUCAGAGACAGUUCGAGAACUUCAAUUUCCUGGGUCGGCCUUCCAAUGAUGGUUUGGGGGUCAGUAUGA